AUGGGGGAUAACAAUGUGAAUCUGCCACCGGGUUUUCGAUUCUAUCCUACUGAUGAAGAACUUGUGGUUCAUUUCCUUCACAGAAAAGCAGAACUCUUGCCUUGCCAUCCUGAUGUCAUUCCGGAUCUUGAUCUUUAUCCCUAUGAUCCAUGGGAUUUAGAGGGUAAAGCAAUGGCUGAAGGCAACAAAUGGUACUUUUACAGCAGAAGAACACAGAGUAGAAUUACUGGCAGUGGAUACUGGCAAGCUAUAGGGAUUGAUGAACCAAUUUACAGCACUAGUUCUAACCAAAAGGUUGGGAUGAAGAAAUAUUAUGCAUUUUACAUUGGUGAAGGUGUCAAAACAAAUUGGAUAAUGCAGGAAUAUAGGAUUUCAGACUCUUCUUCUACUAGUAGAUCAUCAAGAAGAAGAAAUUCCCAACCAGAUUACAGUAAAUGGGUGGUGUGUCGAGUGUACGAGCGUAAUGGUGACAACGACGAUGAUGAUGGGACGGAGCUUUCAUGCUUGGAUGAAGUUUUCUUGUCACUUGAUGAUCUCGAUGAAAUUAGUUUGCCAAAUUAG